UUUCGUAUAUAGUAGGCUAGACAAUCGACCCAUUACUUGUCGCAGGCUGGUGACGUCUCCGGAGGCAUGGCAGCAGCGAGCGCUAGAGCCCUUGCUGCCGCGGUUUCAGCUCUCCUCGCGGCCGCUGUAUUACUCGCCUCGCCGUCGCCGGUCGCCGCGGAGGAGGGGUGCACGCGGCGGCCGGUUGUGUUCGCGUUCGGCGACUCGAACACGGACACGGGCGGCACCGCGGCGGCGCUUGGGAGCUACCUCCCGCUCCCGGAGGGCCGCACCCAUUUCCGCCGCUCCACCGGACGGCUCUGCGACGGCCGCCUCGUCAUGGACUACCUCUGUGAGAGCCUGAACAUGAGCUACCUGAGCCCGUACAUGGAGGCGCUGGGCUCCGACUUCGGCAACGGCGCCAACUUCGCCAUCGCCGGCUCGGGCACCAUGCCGCGUGACAGGCCCUUUGCUCUCCACGUCCAGGUGCAGCAGUUCGUCCACUUCAAGCAGCGCUCCCUCCAGCUCAUCUCCCAUGGCGAGAAGGCUCCGGUGGACGCGGAGGGUUUCCGGAACGCGCUCUACCUCAUCGACAUAGGGCAGAACGACCUCUCCGCCGCCUUCUCCAGCGGGCUGACCUACGAUCACGUGGUCCAUCAUAGGAUCCCGGCCAUGCUAUCUGAGAUACAGGAUGCUAUUGUGACUCUGUUCUACGAUGGAGCCAAGAACUUUUGGGUCCAUGGCACCGGUCCGCUGGGCUGCCUGCCCCAGAAGCUCGCCGAGCUCAGGAACGACGACGACGGCGGUGAUCUCGACGACAGCGGCUGCCUCAGAACGCUCAACAACGCUUCCCACGAGUUCAACGACCAGCUCAGCUCCGUCUGCCACAAGCUUACGUCGCAGCUCAAGGGCUCCACCAUCGUGUACACCGACGUCCUGUCCAUCAAGUACGACCUCGUCGCCAACCACAGCGGCUACGGGUUUGAGGAGCCGCUCAUGGCGUGCUGCGGCUACGGCGGGCCGCCUUACAACUACAACGCCAACGUGAGCUGCCUCGAUCCCGGCUACCGGGUGUGCGAGGACGGCGGCAAGUUCGUCAGCUGGGACGGAGUGCACUACACCGACGCCGCAAACGCUGUCGUCGCGGCCAAGAUUCUCUCGGCGGAGUUCUCCACUCCCAAUGUGCCCUUCGGCUACUUCUGCAAGACAUGAUGGAUGCUACGUACCAGUAGACCGAACCAGACACACGCAGACCGCCGAUUUGGUGAUCUGAGUUGAGAGGACUCUAUGUGUUGCAUGUUGUGGUUGAGAUCAUGCAUAGCCUAGGGCAACUAAUAGGCGAUGAAUCGACUUGCCAGUAAGAACGCAUCCUUUAGAUAAAUUUGAAAAGUUCAGCCACUAGAAAGAGUAUGGUGAGUAUUGUGCUUCCAACGAAUUUUACUUUCACUGUUUCACUACUCGUAACAAGAUGAUAGUUUAUGGUUGAUAGAUGACAUUUUCAAGUGAAAAAAUUGAUGUCAUUUUAGGACCUAGCAUGGUCUCUAACUUGCCCGUGAUCGUUUCGGGGUUUUGUUUCUUUUU